CUUCGUUCGUAUCUAAAUGCGGCCUUGCACUUUCCCUUUACGCCCGAAUGUAGUCCAUGUUGUGAUGGGCUACUUUUUCUUUGUCAGUGAAAAAAACCAUGGAGUGAAUACUAAGUUUUAAGUAAAAAAGUUAUUAAUCAAAAGUUGUUCUGAUAGCCCUGUAUUCGAAGCCAAUUCACCGGAAGCUUAAUUUCGUCAGAGACGAAGCAAGCCCAGAAAAGUAGCCGUCGCUAAGUUUUGAAGCAAAAUGCAUUUGAUCAAUAAAAUACGCGACAUCGUCAUGGUUCCCGUGACGCCUAAAUAUCUACGGAUUUCGACCAUCCUGAUUGCGAUUUACAAAGUGCUCAUCGCUCACAUUCUACUGUUCAUCAUGUUGCUGGGUCUGGCCCAUGCCGAGGAGAUGAGUGCAAUUCUUGGGGCGGACAUUGCCGAUCAGAAGGAACGCGAGGAGUACAUCUUUCUUCCGACCAACGCCAGAGGAGAAACCAUGAACCAACUUCGCUUCAAAUCGGCUGCCAAUCUAGCAUCGGUGACCCUUUGUAUGCUGUAUAUCGGUACUACCCUGGCCACGAUUUACGUUUUCAGCUGCCUUGGUUUACUGAUUGGGACACUGCGAAAUCGACACGAGUUCUUCAUCCCCUGGAUGGUAGUGGAUCUGUUCGGUACGCUCAUAUCGGCAUCGAUUAUGAUUGCUGUUGGAUACAACAAGGUGGCCUACUGUGUUAUUGGGAAAUGGCAAUACUGGGGCUUCUGCGUUGUGAUGAUCGCUUUCAAUCUGGUCAUCUGGAUGGUGGUUCGCAUGUUCUAUAAAAAUUUGGCCCACAUGACGAAACUACGCGAGGUAGCCGUCGUUGCCAUUCCGUGCCCAUCGCCCGGAAGCAAACCGGUCCCGUACCAUUACCGCAAGGAGAACAUGCAUCUGAGCGAUGGCGGCCUAAAGCACAUCCUCUUCGAUGCCAACGAGGCCAACUAUUUGGUUUAAAAGGUGCGAGUGAAGGUUGUUUGGAACGAGUAAGGAAAUAAAGUUCCCCCCCACGCCUUGAGGGGAACCGUGAUACGAUAAGAUGUUAGGAAUUUUUGAACAAUUUGUCCUUGUUAGAAUGGUUUUGGGUGCACAUUACCAAUGUUUGAAACAAAUUAAAUUGAUAAAAAGAAACCCUUUUCAAAUUGUCUUCUUUAACUAUGAAUUAACAUACAGUAGAUGAGAAAAACAAAACAAUUAACUAAACCUACAGCAGCAACAGAGAAAACAGAUGUUGAAAAUACUGACUAUGUAACAAAAUUUGACCACAAUAAAUUCUACUCAAGUUUUACGGUUUUA